UGGCUGCUAGCUACAAACGCACAAGCAAGCUCGGCACGCACGCCAUGGGGAUGGAGCGAUGCAUCGUUCCUAGCAUCCUGCUGAUGCUAGCACUGCAGUCGGCAGCCCUCCUCGUCGCCGGCGACGUGGGCGCCAUUCUCCUGCCGAGCAAAGGCCAAGUUGCAGACGAAGCAGCCAUGGCGGCGGCCAAGAAAAGGCCAUGGAAGUGCUGCGACAAGGCCUUCUGCACCAGAUCCAUCCCGCCGAUCUGCCGCUGCAUGGACGAGCUCUUCGAGUGCCCCUCCACCUGCAAGUCCUGCGGGCCGUCCAUGGCUGACCCGUCCCGCCUCGUCUGCCAGGACCAGUACGUCGGCGACCCGGGGCCCAUCUGCAGGCCGUGGGAGUGCUGCGACCUGCCCCGGUGCACCAGGUCAAACCCGCCGACGUGUCAAUGCCUCGACGAGGUCGACAAAUGUUCCCCGACCUGCAAGACAUGCCUGCCGUCCAGGUCGCGCCCUUCCCGCCGCGUCUGCAUCGACAGCUACUUUGGACCCUUCCCGCCCGCAUGCACGCCCAAGGCUGUCGCCGCCGGCGGGAACUAGCAAGCCCCUUGAUCACGCGAUCAACGCCGUCGUCGAGUGUCCUCUCCUGCCCUGCUGCAGACUGCAGUAGCUUCGUGUAAGAAUAAAAUAAAAAUGAACGGCCGGUCUCCUGCCACCACGCGCUACUGCUAGUAGUAGCCUAUAUGUGUGAUGGACACGCAAUUAUGAAUAAGACAAACAUAGUUUUCUUCGGUUUCA